CCCAAAAUUCCACCGUCUGUCAGUAACUUCCGCUCCCCUUUGGUUUUACAAGUUUGAACCUGUCUUGAGUAAAUCAUGGAAAAGUGGACGACUGGGUGGGUCACUGUCAUUCCAAAGCCCGUAGCAUCCUUGAAGGGAGUCAAUUCCGAUUUUCGCGGCCGCUUGCUUUCCUUGGAGCGCUCCAGAAAUGCAGCACCGAUGGAAUAGGAAGAAGACCCAGUUUCCGCUGGUGGUGGUCGUCCUGUUGGUCUUCAUGGUCUCCUCGAUUCUCUACAACGAGAGCAACAUUCGGCUAAUCCAUGAGGGCCCAGAUCAUCGCCCUCGACGGGAAGCCACUAGGUUCACGUACGUCCGGCCGAACCUCCCCGCCCGGACCGCCAGAGCUCCAGUUUUGGAUAGGUUUAGUAAAUGCAACUCCACGAGAGAGUACAGUGGGAAAAGUAUCUGGUGGGGUAAUGGUGCACGGGAGACCGACGCCGCGAAGCGGAGCAGAGUGGAUUUGGAGGAGAAAUGUGAUGUGUUUUCUGGGAAAUGGGCGUUCGAUAACACUUCAUACCCACUCUACGAGGAGUCCAGCUGCCCGUACAUGUCAGAUCAAUUAGCUUGCCACAAGCACGGGAGGCCCGACUUGAAUUACCAGUACUGGAGAUGGCAGCCCCAUGGCUGCAAUUUGAAGAGAUGGAGUGCGACAGAAAUGUGGGAGAAGCUGAGGAACAAGAGACUGAUGUUUAUUGGAGAUUCACUGAAUCGAGGGCAAUGGAUUUCUAUGGUCUGCCUUUUACAGUCAGUUCUUUCGAAAGAUCAAAGAUCAAUGUCCCCGAAUGCCCAUCUUACCAUUUUCAGAUCUGAGGAAUACAAUGCUACUGUGGAAUUCCUCUGGGCCCCACUUCUGGUCGACUCUAACUCCGAUGACCCAGUGAACCAUAGGCUGGAUGAACGGAUCAUUCAUCCUGAUUCAGUGCUUAAGCAUGCAGCGAAGUGGAAACAUGCUGAUAUAUUGAUCUUCAAUACUUAUCUGUGGUGGAGACAAGGACCCGUCAAGCUCUUGUGGACUGCCGAUGAAAACAGUGACUGUGAAGAGCUAGAUGGGCUGGGAGCGAUGGAGCUCGCAAUGCAGAGUUGGGCCGAGUGGGUGAGCUCAAAGGUUGAUCCGCUCAAGAAGAAAGUCUUUUUCGUUACCAUGUCCCCUACUCAUCUCUGGAGCCGAGAGUGGAAGCCUAAUAGUGAAGGCAACUGCUACAGCGAGAAGUUGCCCAUAGACCAGGAAGGUUACUGGGGAAGCGGGUCUGACCUGCCGACGAUGCGGAUGGUGGACAAUAUUCUGGGCCAGUUGGGUCCAAAAGUUUAUGUUCUGAACAUCACUCAGCUCUCGGAGUACCGGCAAGAUGGUCACCCCUCUAUAUACCGGAAGUUCUGGGAGAAGCUGAGCCCGGCCCAGUUGUCAAAUCCAUCGAGUUACUCCGACUGCAUCCAUUGGUGCCUCCCGGGCGUGCCUGACGUGUGGAAUCAAUUACUGUUUCAUUUUUUGUAACCAAAAUAUAUCGAGAUUUCACAUGUCCCUUUGUUUGAAUC